GCUAACUCGAUGUAGAGCCAUUACGUCGGCGACUACGUUUAUAUAGGGGCGAGCGAGGCGGACGCCGAAGAGUUGAUCAAGCUGAACACCUUCACUUUCGCCGGCACGCCUUUGGAGGUUAUCCAAGCAACCGACAUGCCAGAAAAGGGCAACAGAGCGGUUGAAUCCAAGGACACGCAAGAGCUACGAUCCAGACUUCAAUCGAUUCUCAGCCAAAGGUACUUGGGCGACAACAAGCUUCUCAAACUCGAUUCCCUCGCAUCGGACACAGACUUGGUCAGCCUUGGCAUGUUUGACAACCGAGAGCGAGCUCUUAAGACAUUCAAAGGUCUCAUGGCCAUCUGUGAUGGUCUCUUCAAGACGGACAAAGAAAAACAGGACGCCAUUGAAAGCAUCAGUCUUGCCAACAACAACAUUGACGAUGUGGUCCAGGUUGAGGUGGUGGCCACAACCUUCCCCCAUCUCAAGAACCUCGAUAUGAGUGGGAACCAAGUUGCUGAUAUGCAACGCAUGGAUCGCUGGAAAGGGAAGUUCAAGCACCUUGAGACGAUAUUCAUGACUGGAAACCCCAUCGAGGUGGCCGAUCCGAACUUCCAAGUGACUCUACUUGAGUGGUUCCCAAAGCUGCAGAGUGUAAACGGACACCAACUUCGAACCCCUGAGCAGAUUGCAGAGAAGGAGGCUGCGUCGAGACCGAAGGCGAUCCCGCAAAACGGACCCGACUUCCGCGAUGUCGGCGGUGUUGGGGAGAACUUCCUCUUGGAGUUUUUUACCUGUUACGACAACGACCGACCCGGCCUCGUUUCGAGAUUUUACGACGAGGACAGCCAAUUCUCCGUAUCCAUCGAUACACGCUCUGUCAGAAAUGCAGACGCCCCCCCACCUAUGCCUUGGGCAUCAUACAUCAAACUAUCCCGGAAUCUAACCAAGAUCAACUAUCAAAACGCCCGAGUGCAGCGACUUUUCCAGGGUGCCAACACUAUUGGUGAUGCCUGGAAGACGCUCCCAUUCACCCGGCACCCCGACAUCAAACAGGAGCUGAGCAAAUACAUUAUGGACUGCCACCCGAUGCCCGGCUUGGUGGACCCCAAUGGCCAAAACUCGAUCGGAGUCGACGGUCUCAUCAUCGCAGUACACGGCGAAUUCGACGAACACGACCAGACGGCCAAUACAACUGGCAAGCGCAGCUUCUCGCGUACGUUUAUUCUGGGUCCGGGAAAACCAGGAAGGGGAAUAAUCCGGGUUGUGAGCGACAUGUUAUCCCUCCGAGCCUACAGCCCCCUUCCCAACGUCUUCGCAGCAUCUGUCCCGGAGCCAGCAACUCCAAACCAACACCAGGCGAUGAUUGCGGAACUCUCGAAACAAACCGGUAUGACGCCGCAAUACUCGGAAAUGUGCCUGACCCAAGUAAAUUGGGAGUUUGACAAGGCCUUGGUUAUCUUCAAUGAGAAGAAGUCACAACUUCCGCCAGAGGCGUUCGCCGUGGCUACUCAAUAAAGGGCAGGGUUUAUCUAAGAUGUUCGAACAUGGAGGGGCAGGGUCAGUUCUCAAGAAAUCUCCAAGCACAAGCCCGAUGGCA